UUACAGACAUUGUUGAAUUUUGAGCAGUGUACACCAAGUGAAGAAGUAUGUACAGAAUAUGGAUUGAAUAAAGGUGCUCUCAACACAGAUGUUUUCAAGUUAUCCGGAUUAGUUUCUAAGCCUGACCAUGGAUUGGGAAGGAGCACUUGUGAUAGACAGUUUUGUUUUAUUAAUAAAAGACCAUGUGACUACAGUAAGGUAUUUAAAGUAUUGAAUGAAGUGUAUCACAUGUACAAUAGACAUCAGUAUCCCUUUGUAGUAUUGGAUAUCACAUUGUCUAAGGAGAGUGUAGAUGUGAAUAUCACUCCAGACAAAAGACAAAUAUUGGUUGCAGAAGAAAAAACAUUACUGGCUGUUGUCAAGUCUUCUUUGAUAAAGUUGUAUGAACCUAGAUCGGCUUUAUACCAAAUGAAUCAGAAACCAAUGGCUAUAUUGAAAUCACCAUCUCAACCAGGACCAGCCAUUCAAACAUUAACACUCUCAAGGUUAAAAAGAGCCUAUUCUCAUUCUGGGAGUGUGGACAUUGAAUCACCAGGUAGACCAGCUAAACAACCAAGACUGGAUAAUUUUGUGAUCGCAUCAUCACAAUCUAUUGGAAAAACAGAAGAUGAGAAGCAAGACAGUGAAGGGUUCAGUAUUGACAGUAAUAUCACAUGUAGCAGUCAAAGUUCACUUGGUAGCAGCACUGCCAGUAGCCAACGAUCUGAGAAUACCACUGAUGCAUUGUGUACUGCAGGCAAACAGACAUUGUUAAAAAUAGAGCAGAUUUCAGGAUGGAAACGAGAAGAUAAUGGUGUUUGUAGCACGUCGCAUGAGUCUUCACAAAAUACAGAAGUUGAUAAAGAGGUGAAUAUUCAAAGACAUGAAGUAAAAGUGCCAUUCUCAUUGCCUGGUAUUGCUAAUAGACUUAAACAAUGUCAAGGGGCUAAAAGUGAUUUCAAAACAGCAGGGAGGUCAUUUAGAGCGGAGAUAAAACCACAAGACAAUAAAUCAGCCGAGGAAGAAUUACAACGAAAAAUUAGUAAAGAGAUGUUUAAAGAUAUGGAAGUGAUUGGACAGUUUAACUUGGGAUUUAUCAUUGUUAAAAUUAAAGAAGAUUUGUUCAUAGUUGACCAGCAUGCAACAGACGAGAAGUAUAAUUUUGAAAUGUUACAAAAGCACACCAAUAUACAAAGUCAGAAACUCAUUCAACCACAGAAAUUGGAACUUACACCAGUUAAUGAAUCAGUAUUGAUGGAUAACUUGGAAAUUUUCCAGAAAAAUGGAUUUGACUUUAUAACUGAAGAAGGUGAUACUGGUAAAAAAGUGAAGCUAAUAUCUUUACCAAUGAGUAAGAAUUGGACGUUUGGUAAACAGGAUAUUGAUGAACUUAUAUUUAUGUUGAAUGAUGCUCCAGGUACAAUGUGCAGGCCGUCAAGAGUCCGACAGAUGUUUGCAUCUAGAGCAUGUCGUCAAUCUAUUAUGGUUGGUACAGCAUUAAAUAAAACAGAAAUGAAAAAGCUCAUCUGUCACAUGGGGGAAAUUGAACAACCUUGGAAUUGUCCACAUGGAAGACCCACAAUGCGUCAUCUUUUUAACAUUACAAUGUUACCAGAUUAAUAUCUACAUUCCAGAUGUAGAUUGCAUUUUUAAAAUAUAUUUUGUAUUUUUUGAAAUAAAAUUAGUUGUGAAAAAAAA